AUGUCAUUCAGGUGCGCUGUCUUGGCAUGGUACGCUGUCAGUGGCGAUGGACUGUCCCUGGCUUAUUUUUUUGGGGUCUUUACCGGUAGUGCCGACUACACGGUAUAUCUUUUUAAUGAAUCUUUGUCGACGGGUAUCUAUUCUUCUGUUUGGAAACUUUUCACCAUUGUGCCUCUCUCUAAAGUGCCGAACCCUGUUGAUGCGGGUGAUACACUUCUGAUCGCUAAUGGUGCUCAUUUGGCUAAGGUCUUUGACUUUUUGGUAACAAACCAGAUUUAUGAUUACUUGGAGGACAGGUCGCUUCUCUCGCCGCUUCAGUCUGGUUUCUGGCGUGGCUAUAGUACUCAGUCUGCGUUGCUCAAGGUAUCCAACGAUAUUAGGUUAGGAAUAGACUGGGGCCUCAUCACGUUGGCCGUUUACUUCGAUUUUCGUCGCGCAUUUGACACGAUUGGUCAUGCGGCCCUCUUGCGUUCGUUGGGCUGUUUCAAUUUCUCAGCUGAGGCUAUCCGCUGGGCACACUCUUACAUCUCCGACCGUUUAGUUGCUGUGCUGGUACUGGACGGUGAACUCACUGAGGCGUGUUCGGUUACCGCGAAAAUUUCGCAGGGGUCUGGUGGGUCCGUUGGUUGUCCCUCACCUUGA